AUCGGAAGUGAGCAUACGCGCUUCCGGUUGGCUCCGGAUCUUACUUCGAACUUCCUCCGGGCCUCAAGUAAUGGACGUGAAGAACUCUGGCCUGGUUACUCCCAAAAGAACUGUCUUAUCUGUCAGCGCAAGAAAAAUUAAGGACAAUGCUGCAGAUUGGCACAAUUUAUUACUGAAAUGGGAGACUCUCAACAAUAUGGGGUUUUCUGUUGCAAACAAAAUAGGAAACAUCAAAAUCAGUGCACUUACUGAAGACAAGGUAGAACUAGAAUGCAAUAGCAUUGCUUCUGGCUUUCAUUCUCAAAAGGUGUAUCCAAAAUAUAAUGAGGAACUUGAGAUGUUGUGCAAGGAACUUCAUGACACCUUGGAAAACUUGGCUAAGGUACAGGUGAAAAUGGAAAUGCUAACAUCAACCACUAAAGGAAUUUGUAACCUAGAAAAUUACCAUCGUGGAAAUGGAAAUUAUCAAACACCUCUUUUCCAUACAUGGCCCACUGCCUACUUCUAUGAAGUUUCCCAUAAGCUUUCAGAAAUGUACAAGAAGGAAAUACUCCUCAAACGCAUCAUUGUGGAAGAGCUCGCCCAUGCUACGAACCAGGAUCUCAUUUUAAGCUACUUAUCUGUGUGGUUGUACCAGCCCUAUGUUGAGAACAGCAGGCUUGAUGUGGAAAGCAUGCUACUUGAAACUGGACAUCGAGCAUUGUAAUUUUUCCAAAACCACUUCAUUAAUUGUAAACUCCCAAAACCAGAAUGAACCUUUCUUUCCAGGUCUUAUGAUAUAGGCCCACUGCUGCCUCAUACAUUUCCUUCCAGGGUCACAGCUCUACUUCUUUUCUCUCUUGCGGAAGGAGUUGCUUCAAUUCCACCUUAACACCACUUAACCACUCUGGUAGUAACUUUUAAAGUUGAUGCUAGUCAUCCAUUCAGUACAUACUUUUAAAACCAUGACCCUCCUUAUUUGACAAAAACUACUAGGAAAACUGAUCACGUGUUUGGCGGAAAAUGUUUAGAUCAGCAUUUAUUUCUACAGUAAGUUCCAAAUGGAUUCUCAGCCUGUUUAAAAAAAAAACGACACCCACACAAUGGGGUGAGAUCAGGAGAAUGAAAGGUUUCACAGUUAUAAGUAGGAGAAUUAUAAACCAAAGAAUAGAGGUAUAAAAUUAAAACACAUGUGUACAAACAAAACCAAAAGAAACUAGAUUGGGAAAAAUAGUUUAAUCGAAUAACAGAAUAAAAUCUGCUAUAGGAAAGUGAUACAAAAAUAUGAGAAUAAGAACCAUUUCCUAGCUAAGUGUUCAAAAUAUAGGAACAAAUGGCCUUCAGAAUUAAGAAAUGCAGUUAACAAACAAAAUAUUACAGGAAAUCACAAAGAGAAGUGAACAUUAACAAUACUGGUUUCACCUCACAUUAAAUUGGCAAACAAAAAAAAAAAGCCAGCAAUGCUGUUUAAGACAGGAG